UUUUUUUUGUAAAAAUUUGUAAGUUGGUGACCUGCAAAAUUUUUUUUAUUGAUUUUUUUCUGAAAUUUAUUUUUGGAUUUUUUGUCUUUUCCAUUCAUUUUCUUCGUCUUAAAAUAAAAAAAAAAUUUUUUUUCAGAUUUUUCAAAAUUUAUUUUAAAUGACUGAAAGUGAGCUUCUCACCAGAAAUCCUCAAUCGACUCUACACACACCUCAUCAACACAGCCAGCAGCAAUUACAACAACAGCCUUCGACGUCUUUAUUGCUUAACCCUCAUGUACGGAUUGAAUCGAGGCCUGAAACUUUUACUGCUUCAAAUUUGAUCAAUUCUUUGGAGACUAAUUAUCAUAGUAUUGUUGAACGUUUUGGCAAUUCACCACUUACAGAAACAACUCAAUAUUUGACAAACAAUAUUAUUGACUCUAAAGAGGCAAAACAUUUAAUAGAUGGAUUUCUUUGUGGUGUUUUGGUUGAUGCACCAAAUGCUGAAAAGCACUUUACCUGCAUCAAAACUUUAGCAAUUUCAACAGAUCAAUGGAUGAGCCUUUUAACUUCAUUCAAUAUUUUAACUUUGGAAUGUUUUCCAUUUAUGAAACAUUCAUGCAAACAACAACUUUUAUAUUUUAUUGAUGAAACUUUAAAAUUACAACUUAGAACAAAUUUAGACUCUUCCUUUACAAAUAUUUGCAGAGCACUUUCUGAUGGCACAGAUUUCAAAGAGACAUGUCAAAUUGUCCAUCAAUUUGCUCAUCGUUUAUUAUCUUCACAUCAAAAAUUGGCAACAUUUCCUCGAAAUUCUUCAUUUCCACCAACAGCAUUUGCCUUAUUUUCUCGUUUUAUUAGUGAUGCUCAAUUAGUUGCGAAUGCUGGAGUUAUGAAUUUGGAAAGUUUUAAGGCGCCUUUAGUUGAAAUUUGUGUAAUUUUGGUUCGUGAACGUUUCCCCGAUCUUCUACAACUUGGACACGAUUUGUUUUUGCUAUUAUUGCGUCUUUCUAGAGUUUCACAAUUUGUGCCUAUUUGGCGUACUUUGUUACACAAUCCAUCUGCUAUGGCCCCUAAAUUUAAUGGUAAAAAAAUUUUUUUUAAUUAG